GAGGGGUCAGCUUCAAAGCCUCAGCCAAUGGAGCUUGGGCUUGGCUUGGCUUCUGAGAGGCCGUUGGUGAAGCCUAACCGCCAUGUUGAGCCGCGAUGGCCGGAGCUGCUGGCCGGGUCGAGGCCGACCCCGAGCCCGAGCCCAAGCGCGGAAUCCACUUUCCCUGCCCCUGACUGGUUUGAGCAACUUGCAUCUUAAGGAGGAGAAAAUCAAACCAGAUGCCAAUGGUGCUGUUGUUAAGACCAAUGCUAACGCAGAGAAGACAGAGGACGAUGAGAAAGAGGACAGAGCUGCUCAGUCUUUACUCAAUAAGCUGAUCAGAACUGCCUUUGUGUUGGCCAUGCUCAGCCAAGUGGAGCCUGCAAACAAGUAUCCUCAGUGUCUCUGCCUCUCUCCAACCUAUGAGCUUGCUCUUCAAACAGGAAAAGUGAUUGAGCAGAUGGGCAAGUUUUAUCCUGAACUGAAGCUAGCUUAUGCUGUUCGAGGCAACAAAUGUGAGUAG